AUGCUGAAUACGUGUACUUUUGAACAGAGUAAUUCUUUUUGCUUAUCACCUCAUUUUCCUUUCAUUCCACGUUUCAUGAGCAUUAGUAACAAAACAAGUUUUCUCAAUGGUAUGCAUUACGGGUUUUUAACUCUUGCUUUUCUACUUCUGACAUUACAUCAUGAAUCUCCGAUCUCAGGGCCCCACUAUUUUGUUCUUUCGAAUGAAUUAGUUUUUUUCGAUCUCCUCAUCAAUCGAUUCAAAAAAAAAAAUCUAAUCCACAACACAUCAAACCACAUUGCAUAG